GGGCCAGCCUUCUUUGCGGGAUGCAAAACCUUGAGGGGGGGAUGCGGAGCUCGCCGCGCCGGGAUUGAAGCGUCUCGUCCGCCUUCACUUGGAAGACAGGCGAGGACGGACCGGAGGGGCCUGGACUUGGGCUGGGCUGACCCCCACGCGGACCCCCACCUCUCCCCCGGUGCUUUCUCCGAUGGGGCGCUGAAGAAGACCGGCGUCUCUUGGAAUAUAAAUCUAGAGAAGGAGGCGACGGCGGGGGGACCCGACUAGGACAGCUGGGGGGGAAGGCACCCCGGGGUGGGUGACCGGGUGGGUCUCAGCGCAGGCGGCCGGUGCGAGGGGCGCCCCGAGCCAUGGAGACGAGGCCGAGAUGGUCCACAAGGUGGAAAACGAAACGGUGGUGCUGGGACUCCACUUUAGCCGCCCUCCUCAUCACUUGGACGCUCCUGCUGGAGGCUGCGGAGGUCAGAGGAGCUGAGCCAUGUCGGCGUGCUGAAAAAGCAUUAGGAGUUCCUACCGAACACCAGAAGGAAUAUCAAAAAACAAUGGCAAUUUUGCAAGCAAAUAGAAGGCAUUCCAAAGGAUCAGAUGUUGCCUACAGGGUUUCAAAAAAUGCACAGCUCAGUGCCCCAACAAAACAAUUGUACCCAGGUGGAAACUUUCCCGAAGAUUUUUCAGUCCUGUUUACAGUAAAGCCUAAAAAAGGAAUCCAGUCCUUUCUUUUAUCUGUCUACAAUGAGCAAGGUAUUCAGCAAGUUGGCAUUGAGGUAGGCAGGUCACCUGUUUUCCUGUUUGAGGAUCAAAAGGGAAAGCCUGCUCCAGAAGAUUAUCCCCUCUUCAGGACAGUUAAUAUUGCAGAUGGAAAGUGGCAUCGGGUAGCCAUCAGUGUGGAGAAGAAGACUGUUACCAUGAUAGUGGACUGUAAGAAGAAAACUACAAAACCACUUGACAGAAGUGACAGAGCAAUUGUUGAUACCAAUGGCAUCACUGUCUUUGGAACAAGGAUUCUUGAUGAGGAAGUCUUUGAGGGUGAUAUCCAGCAGCUGUUGAUUAUCAGUGAUCCCAGAGCAGCCUACGACUAUUGUGAGCAUUACAGCCCCGACUGUGAUUCCCCUGUGCCCAAUACUCCUCAGGCUCAAGAGCCUCAAGUUGAUGAGUACGCAACUGAAGAUUUAAUCGAAUAUGACUAUGAGUAUGGGGAUCCAGAUUAUAAAGAUUAUAAAGAGCCUGAUACUGUAACAGAAGGACCCCCACUAUACGACGAGACAGUGGCACAAACGGAGGCCAACAUUGUUGAUGAAUAUCAUGAAUAUAAUGUGGCUGAAACAGACUAUGGGACUUAUGAGGGCUACCAGACUGCAACUCCUGGUCAAACAACGGGACCAAAUGAGCAAAAUCCUGUUGAAGAAGUAUUUACUGAAGAAUACCUAACCGGAGAGGAGUAUAAUUCAGAGACUAAAAAAAACGAGGAAACAGAGUAUGGAAGCAGAGGAACAGUAGACCACAGUGAAUCUGAAGUUCUGGUAGAUGGAGAUUUAGGCGAAUAUGAUUUUUAUGAAUAUAAAGAAUAUGAAGAAAAGCCUACAAAUCCCACUAAUGAGGACAUUGGGCCUGGUGUUCCAGCAGAGACUGAUAUCACAGAAACAAGCGUGAAUGGUCAUGGUGCUUAUGGAGAGAAAGGGCAGAAGGGCGAGCCAGCUGUGAUAGAACCGGGGAUGCUUAUUGAAGGACUACCAGGACCUCCAGGACCUCCUGGUCAUAUGGGUCCACCUGGCACACAAGGUCCCACAGGUCCUUCUGGUGAUCCUGGUGAUAGGGGUCCCCCAGGACGUCCUGGUCUUCCAGGUGCUGACGGCUUAGCAGGACCUCCAGGUACCAUGUUAAUGUUGCCGUUUCGUUUUAGUGGAGGUGGUGAGAAGGGCCCACCAAUCUCUGCUCAAGAGGCUCAAGCACAAGCUAUUCUUCAGCAAGCCAGGAUUGCCAUGAGAGGACCAUCCGGACCUAUGGGACUCACUGGAAGACCAGGUCCUGUGGGUAGUCCUGGAUCUUCAGGUGCCAAAGGGGAUGGCGGUGAUCCAGGUCCCCAGGGCCCUCGAGGUAUACAAGGACCAGCUGGUCUUCCUGGAAAACCUGGCAAGCGAGGUCGUCCAGGUGCUGAUGGAGCUAGAGGGAUGCCAGGAGAAACUGGCUCUAAGGGUGACAGAGGUUUUGAUGGCCUUCCUGGUUUACCUGGUGAUAAAGGUAACAGGGGAGAUCGUGGACCCCAAGGACCUCCUGGUGCUCCUGGUGAAGAUGGAAUGAGAGGAGAGGACGGAGAGGUGGGACCAAGAGGCCUCCCAGGUGAAGCUGGUCAACGAGGAUUACUGGGCCCAAGAGGGUCACCUGGCCCCCCAGGACAACAUGGAAUUGCAGGUGUCGAUGGCCCACAAGGUCCCAAAGGAAACUUGGGCCCUCAAGGGGAACCAGGACCUCCCGGCCAACAAGGGAUCCCAGGUCCACAAGGGCUUCCAGGUCCACAAGGCCCAAUUGGAGUUCCUGGUGAAAAAGGACCCCAGGGCAAGUCAGGCCUUGCUGGACUUCCUGGUGCAGAUGGGCCUCCUGGUCACCCAGGCAAAGAAGGCCAGUCUGGAGAGAAAGGUGCCUUGGGUCCACCAGGUCCUCAAGGUCCAUUAGGUUAUCCUGGUCCUCGUGGUGUGAAGGGCGCAGAUGGUGUUCGUGGUCUAAAGGGUGGAAAAGGUGAAAAGGGUGAAGAUGGCUUUCCUGGUUUCAAAGGUGAUAUGGGACUUAAGGGUGACAGAGGUGAAGUUGGCCCCCUUGGUCCACGAGGAGAAGAUGGUCCUGAGGGUCCCAAAGGCCGUGCAGGCCCAACAGGAGACUCAGGUGGGCCUGGUGCAGCUGGGGAAAAGGGUAAACUUGGUGUUCCAGGAUUGCCAGGAUAUCCAGGAAGGCAAGGACCAAAGGGCUCUACUGGUUUCCCUGGAUUCCCUGGUUCCAAUGGAGAGAAAGGUGCAAGGGGCUUGCAUGGCAAACCUGGCCCACGGGGACAACGAGGACCAACGGGACCACGUGGAUCAAGAGGCCCAAGAGGCCCGACCGGAAAACCUGGCCCAAAGGGCACUUCAGGAAACGAUGGACCACCUGGCCCACCCGGUGAAAGGGGACCGCAAGGGCCACAGGGGCCGGUUGGCUUCCCGGGACCAAAGGGACCUCCUGGACCUCCUGGGAAGGAUGGUUUGCCUGGACAUCCAGGACAGCGAGGAGAAACAGGAUUCCAAGGGAAAACUGGCCCACCAGGUCCUGGUGGAGUUGUUGGACCACAGGGUCCCACUGGAGAGACUGGUCCAAUUGGUGAAAGAGGACACCCUGGUCCUCCAGGCCCUCCAGGUGAACAAGGCCUUCCAGGUGCUGCUGGGAAAGAAGGUGCUAAGGGGGAUCCAGGUCCUCAAGGUAUCUCUGGAAAAGAUGGACCACCAGGACUUCGUGGUUUCCCAGGAGAAAGAGGACUACCAGGAGCUCAGGGUGGAUCUGGCCUGAAAGGAGGAGAAGGUCCACAAGGUCCCCCCGGUCCUGUUGGGUCGCCAGGUGAACGUGGCCCAGCAGGAACUGCUGGCCCAAUUGGUUUGCCAGGACGUCCUGGUCCUCAAGGACCCCCUGGGCCAGCAGGAGAAAAGGGAGCUCCGGGUGAAAAAGGCCCUCAAGGUCCAGCUGGACGUGAUGGAGUACAGGGUCCUGUAGGUCUUCCUGGUCCUGCUGGUCCUGCUGGAUCUCCUGGAGAAGAUGGUGACAAGGGUGAAAUUGGCGAGCCAGGUCAGAAAGGGAGUAAAGGUGACAAGGGGGAAAAUGGUCCUCCUGGACCGCCAGGUCUUCAAGGUCCUGUUGGCGCUCCUGGUAUUGCUGGUGGUGACGGAGAGCCUGGUCCAAGAGGACAACAAGGGAUGUUUGGGCAGAAAGGGGAUGAGGGUUCACGUGGCUUUCCAGGUCCACCUGGACCCAUUGGUCUCCAGGGUCUACCUGGUCCACCAGGUGAAAAAGGUGAAAAUGGAGAUGUUGGUCCAAUGGGCCCACCUGGACCCCCUGGCCCAAGAGGUCCUCAAGGCCCAAAUGGAGCUGAUGGUCCUCAAGGUCCUACUGGUUCAGUUGGCUCUGUUGGAGGUGUUGGUGAGAAGGGUGAACCUGGAGAAGCUGGUAACCCUGGGCCUCCUGGAGAAGCUGGCACCAAUGGUCCAAAAGGAGAAAGGGGUGAAAAAGGUGAGGCUGGGCCACCAGGAGCAGCUGGACCUCCUGGUAUUAAAGGACCUCCGGGUGAUGAUGGACCAAAGGGCAAUCCAGGUCCUGUUGGCUUUCCCGGUGACCCCGGUCCUCCCGGUGAACCUGGGCCUGCUGGCACUGAUGGUACAGGAGGAGAAAAAGGGGAAGAUGGUGACCCAGGCCAACCUGGUCCACCAGGUCCUUCAGGUGAAGCAGGCCCACCUGGACCUCCUGGAAAAAGAGGACCUCCUGGAGCAGCUGGGGCAGAAGGAAGACAAGGAGAAAAAGGUGCAAAGGGUGAACCUGGUACAGAAGGUGCUCCAGGAAAAACAGGCCCAGUUGGACCUCAGGGUCCUGCAGGGAAACCUGGCCCAGAAGGUCUUCGGGGUAUUCCUGGACCUGUGGGUGAACAAGGUCUGCCUGGAACACCAGGUCAAGAUGGCCCUCCAGGUCCUAUGGGCCCACCUGGCUUGCCCGGACUAAAAGGUGACCCAGGUUCCAAGGGUGAAAAGGGACAUCCUGGUUUGAUUGGCCUGAUUGGACCUCCAGGAGAACAAGGGGAAAAGGGUGACAGGGGUCUUCCAGGCACACAGGGAACCCCUGGGGCAAAAGGAGAUGCAGGAAUUUCUGGCCCUGCUGGCCCUGUUGGUCCUCCUGGGCCACCUGGUUUGCCUGGUCCCCAGGGUCCAAAAGGUUCUAAAGGUUCUACUGGUCUUAGUGGUCAAAAGGGUGAUGGUGGUUUACCAGGACCCCCUGGGCCUCCUGGCCCUCCAGGUGAAGUCAUUCAACCAUUGCCAAUUCAGUCACCCAAAAAGACCAGGAGAUCUUCAGAUGCCAUGCUAGCAGAUGCAGCUGAUACUAUCCUCGAUUACACAGAUGGCAUGGAAGAGAUCUUUGGUUCACUGAAUUCUUUGAAGCAGGAUAUUGAGCAUAUGAAAUAUCCAAUGGGGACUCAAAACAACCCAGCCCGAACAUGCAAGGAUCUACAACUUUGUCACCCAGAUUUUCCAGAUGGAGAAUAUUGGAUUGAUCCAAACCAGGGUUGUUCUGGAGACUCUUUCAAAGUGUACUGUAAUUUCACAGCAGGUGGAGAAACUUGCAUCUAUCCCGAUAAAAAAUCAGAAGGAGUAAGAAUUUCAUCAUGGCCAAAGGAAAAUCCAGGAACCUGGUUCAGUGAAUUUAAGAGAGGCAAGCUGCUCUCAUAUGUGGAUGCUGAAGGCAAUUCCAUUAAUAUGGUCCAAAUGACAUUCCUUAAACUACUGAGUGCCUCCGCCCGACAGAACUUCACUUACAACUGUCAUCAGUCAGUGGCCUGGCAUGACGCUUCUUCUGACAGCUAUGACAAAGCACUGAGGUUCUUAGGCUCAAACGAUGAAGAGAUGUCUUACGACAACAAUCCUUACAUCAAAGCCCUCCAUGAUGGUUGUGCAUCAAGAAAAGGUUAUGCAAAGACUGUUGUUGAAAUUAAUACUCUCAAAAUUGACCAAGUGCCUGUUGUUGAUGUGAUGAUCAAUGACUUUGGUGAUCAGAAUCAGAAAUUCGGAUUUGAAGUUGGUCCCGUCUGUUUCCUUGGUUAAUCUGAGAGCAAAGAGAAGAUGAUCAGCAAAAGGUGAUCAGCAAGUAACAAUACACCUUGGUGCCGCCAUCAACCCACUUAAUGCCACAUGCAAGUUUUGAAUAAGGAUGGUGUAGAAAAUGUGUCUCACCAUGUAAUAUGUCUUCUCUAGAAAACACCCACUGCCCCCAUAGGAUGAGAAUCACAUGACUUAAACUUAUUUUUACAAAAUUGUGAAGGAUGCUGUGGCAGAGGCAGGCAGCAUGGGGCUAACUUUAUGAACAGCCUCCUCCAUCCCAUUCCAACCCAUCUACUUACUCCCCUUGAAUAUUUUGGUGCUGUAAAAUUGAAUGUCAUGGUGCUCCUUCUAUUAUAUCAUAAGAGGUGCUAAGAAGAUGUGUUUAAUAAACUGUAAUUAUUCUAUGUACAGUAUGAUGCUGUCCUUUCUGUGUCCAUUUCCAAAACUUGCAUGUGACCCUGAAUUGCAACUGGCUCCUAUCUCAUAAUAAUUUCAAAUUGUGUUGUCAAUACUGUGUAUGUAUUAUGAAAAAUAAAGUUGUAAUUUCCAGUGAAUCAAUUCCAUGUUUUCCUGAUUAAUAUUAAUAAUAAUAAUAAUAAAAAUCCCUUUGUAUAUAUUGAUGUUCAAGAGCUCUGUUAUUUGAAGUCACCAAUAGAACCUCAGGUGGCAAACUGAAAGCAUUUUUCUGCUGUUGCUAUUUUUGUGCUAAGGAGUUACAACAAGGAAGGUGCCUAUUGGGGUGCUGUUCCAUGAUACUAUACCUCAUACUUUUAAAGUUUCCAUUUCUGUUGUCAGGAUAUUUCAGAAAAAAAAGUAUGUAUAUAUGUAUACAUACACACAUCUAAAAUAAUCCCACUGUGUUUUGGGACACAUAUCUCAAACAUGUAAGAGAUAUGACUGAGGAUUCCUUUGAGCAUUGCCUUUAGAGUGUGAGAACUGCUACAGAGUUAACUCCUCCCGUAUCAUUCAUGUAAUGUCAGAAGACUCUAACGCUAUGUAGGAGUCUACAGCACACCUCUUAUACCAUUGUAUCUCCUCACCAAAACUGACGGGUCACUGGUAUAGGGAAGAGUCUUAACAUGAGUUUUUCUUCCCCUAAAUGUCUGAAUAUUUCAAUAUUAUUGAAGCAGAAUGGUGUUUUUAUCAUGCCCCAUGGGCAAUGUGAAAAAGCACCUUUAAAACAUUAGUCAGAUAGUCUUCUCUCUUUUUUUAUGUUAUCUCAUUUUGUAAUCGUCGUACUUUGAUAAACCACAUAUAAAUUAAAAUUGAAUUCUAAACAAUUAUUUAUGUGCCGUAUAAGUUAUCUUACAGAUUUAGGCCAGGUUUACUUAAAUUAUAUGUGAACAAUUGUGAAUAUUGCCUUCCUUGAACCGGAGGUUAUUCUAUACAACAGAUUCUUGGAUCUGUCUGUUCUGUUCUAGUAUGCUUUUUUCCUUUUUCUCUUUCCAUCUUGUGGUAUCAUGAAGCCUUACAUAACUAGUUAACAAUGGGGCAGUCCAGGUUGACAGACUUUGACCACAAGAGAGGCUGUAUCCCUGUUGUUGCUCUCAUGGAUCCUUUGAAGCAGGCUAAGAGAUGCCAACUUUUGAACAGGCCCAUGCUGCUGCUUCAUUUAACAGUGCGCCUUCAUAUGCAGACAGCAGUGAUAAUAUUUAUCUCCAGGCAUGAAAAACUUCACCUGCUUUCUGCAGAUCAAUGUGCUAUACUCUAUCUCACCAAAAGAUCUAAGUAAGGUUGUUAGUUGUUCAGCAGAAGUGACAGUAGCAUGUUUCCACAGUUCAAAAAGGCAAAAAAAAAGGCUGAGAAGAUUCUUAAAAUGGCCACAGUAGUACGGAGACUCCUAAAUGGGGAAGAAAAUGGUGGGCGCUACUAUAUAAAAAUGCAAGUCUUGCUGAUAGUCAUCCAAUGCACUAUAAAUGCUCUCUUAUCAAAUUCAGUGAACAGAAUAAUGGUUUUGACAACAGAAGCACUUAAAAAAGAUUCUUCAAUCUUUUAGAGAAUUGGAGCGGGGCGGUGAGAAAAGGGAGGUACUAGGACCACAGUGGAGCAUUCCACUACAAAGAAGGUCCAGAAAGAAGUGGCGGAUUAAUUUAGAAAUCUCCUGAGAUCUUUUGGUGCGAGAGAGUAUAGUAAACUCAUAAGAACAGACCAAGUUGACAGUGGGGGGUUCCUGAGCAGAUGCCAAACAAAAACUAGAUUUGCUGCCACUUGAACAGGUGUUGCACAUGGUCAGAUAUGAUCUAACCGAUCACCAGACAAUUAUGUGUAUGUGAUGCAGGAGUUCUAUGAAUGUGCCCCAGAUUUUGGAUGUGGAUUUGUAGAAUCCAUUUUCUCCCCAGUGGAAGAAAUAAAGGAGUUGAAACUUGUUUCUGCUCAUCAGUUGCCCCUGUUGGUGAAUAUGUCUAGGUCAUGUGAUUCUACCUAGUUGCCAAACAACACAUGAGGAAACUGCUACCCACAGUGCUUAUUUUCUGACCCAGAUAGUUAUAAUUUGCAUUCAAAAGUUUUACAAAUGGCUGGUUAGGCCUUGCCUCAAAACAUUUUAUUUCCAGGUAGUCAGACAUAGAUAUUAACUUAAGAACACAAAUCCUUUUGUACUUAUUUUUCAUAAUAUAUGUAAGACUUGAAAAAGAAAUGUUUGUUACUAUUUCUUAUAAAAUUUGUUUAAAUUAAUUGAUAUUAGAUUCCACUAGCUCAUUUCCAGCUGUUUUGAGUCAUGCAAACAUUUUAUAUGUAAAACAGAUUUCUUUUAAAGUCAACAGUUUGCUGUUCCAAACUCCUUUUUUAAAACCAAAGUUUGUAACUAUCACCUCAAACAGAAAAAAAUGCAUUUCAUUAAUAAAAUCAAGUCUUGUCUACCUGGA